AUGGCAAAGAGUGACUCAAUGGGUAGAGGGGAUGUUCCCUGUCGCAGUUGCACGGAAUUCAAGAGUUGGAGCAAACAAAUGAGUAUGCCAGGAAAGGACAAAUCACAGUUACCCAGAACUGACUGUCCACUAGAUAAAAAUGAACUAGGACGAUCAACAUGGGGAUUCCUUCACACCAUGGCAGCGCACUACCCCGAAUCCCCAAGUCAGGAACAAGUGCGCGAUAUGAAGAGCUUUUUCUCCCUCCUCUCCUCAUUUUAUCCCUGUGAAUACUGCGCUAAAGACCUAAGAGAUGAGCUCAAAGUUGAUCCUCCACAAGCCAAAUCGCAACACGAUCUCUCCCAAUGGCUCUGUCGACUGCACAAUAAAGUCAACGUUAAACUGGGAAAAAAGGAGUUUGACUGCACCAAAGUCAAUGAGAGAUGGCGAGAUGGAUGGCUCGAUGGAUCCUGUGAUUGA